CAUGGCAUUUCUUCUUUCAAGUUGGUCGUCCAAUCUAAAAUCUUUGCCAGAAAACUACAUUGUACCUGUAGAGAAAAGGCCUGGAAUGCCUGUUCCAAUAAGCAAGGACAUACCAGUGAUUGAUCUAGGAGAAGAAGAUCGAGCCAAUAGAAUUCAGAAAAUCAUGAAAGCUAGUCAAGAAUUUGGCCUAUUCCAGGUGAUCAAUCACGGAGUAUCUGAAGAGUUGAUGACUGAUGCUGUGAAUGUGGGCAGAGAGUUCUUUUCCCUGCCUGCUGAGGAGAAAGCAAAGUUCGUUGAUCAAGAUGCACAAAAUGGAUGCAUGGUUAACACCACCUCUGGAAGUUAUAGAAAUGGAUGCAUGGUUUACACCAGCACGAUACCAAGAGAUCAUAGGACCAUAUACAACUGAUGUGAGAAAGUUGGGUAUCAGAGUAAUGUCAAGAUCACAUUGGCCUGACAAUCAACAUGGACAAGAAGCAAGGGAGGAACUAAGCUGUGUACACUGUAUAGAAGGCUUAACAGGAAUGGUUGGAGUUCAAGGAAGCUGAGGAAGUAAAUGACAGAAAGUGCAUUGCUGAAACAACUCAACCUCAUCAGAACAGGAACUGGUACCCCCCUAAACAAGGAAUAAUUAGAGUCAACAAUGAUGCUGCUAUAGCCUUGCAAAGGAACAAAACAGGAAGAGGAAUAGUAGCAAGAGACUCCAAAGGGGAAUUGGUGAAGGCCUGUGUAGUGCAAGAGCGAAAAAGGGGUGAGCCCCUCAUUGAAUGUAGGAAUUAAAUCAAGAUUAUUAUUUGUUAGUUGGAGUUGGUUGGAAUUAGUAUAGUUCAGGGCUACGUCUAGCUAA